GUUUAAAAGUUAACAUUGACCCAAUUUCCAAAAACAAAUCAGUCAGACAGAAUUUUCCGCCUUAUUUUGAGCUAUAUAAUCAUCCCAGAUAUAAUAUAUAACUUAUCACAUCUGUAAUAUCUUUAGACAUCCAGUGGUCAACAUGCCCGUUGAAGAAGAGGUGUUAAAAGUGCGUUCAAAGUUGGAGAAUAUGAUCUCGUCCAACACCGCUGACCAUAGCUCAGCUGUAGACAUUCUGAAGUCACUUCAAGAUUUGCCAAUGAAACUAGAAGUUUUACAGAAAACAAGGAUUGGAAUAACUGUAAACAACUUUCGAAAAGCAAGCACAAAUGAAGAUGUAAUUUCCUUGUCAAAGAAUCUCAUCAAAAUUUGGAAGAAACUUCUGCCAGACAAUAAUUCAAAAAGUGAUAAAAAAGACAAAUCUUCAUCCAGCUCAAAGAAUGGUGAGUCAAUGGAUUCUGAAGAGUCAGAGAAAAAAAGUGACGAGUCAGAGAGGAGACAGUCGGUAUCGGCCUCGGAUACUUGUGAUCCUGUCAGGCUAAAGUGCAGGGAUCUACUCUGUAAUGCACUUAAAACUGGAGAUGCUCAUGUUGGUCGCAAUGAUCCAGUAGAGCUUGCUGCAGCCAUUGAAGAUAACAUAUUUGAUGAAUUCAACAAUACAGAUACAAAAUACAAAAACAGAGUUAGAAGUCGUGUUGCUAACCUGAAAGAUAUAAAGAAUCCAGACCUGCGAUCAAACGUUUUGAGUGGAAUAAUUCCCCCUGAUAGGAUAGCCAAAAUGACUGCAGAGGAAAUGGCUAGCGAUUCUAUGAAGACUUUACGAGCAAAAUAUACAAAAGAGUCAAUUGACGAUCAUCAGAUGGCUAAAACUGGUGGCACUUCUACAGAUCUGUUUAAAUGUGGAAAAUGCGGGAAAAAUAAUUGUACUUAUAACCAGGUACAGACUAGAAGUGCUGAUGAACCUAUGACAACAUUUGUACUGUGUAACGAGUGUGGAAAUAGAUGGAAGUUCUGUUGAUGUGCAUUGUGUCACGGUUGACUGUGAAGAGAACGUGCUAUCUGCAGAUAUAAACAUUGGGCAGAUUAAUCAAUAUAUUGACCAACACUUAAAACAAAGACAUUAAUGAGAGAAGUUUAACAUAUGACAGUCGUGUACUUGAAAUGUCAUAAAUCAUGGCAAGUUACAAGACCAAAAGAUAUUCUUGUGCUUGAAACAUUAACCAUUGUGCUGAUAUACCAGGAGUCCAUUGUUGCUGAUAAACCACGACCAAUUCCUGUGCUUUACCUAUUAUUCAUUAUGAUGAUACACCAUGAUAAGCUUCAGCAUUUAUCAGAUCAGCCAAUUAUCUCUGUAUCAUACAUGGAAAGUCGUGCUAUUCUACCACCUGUCUAUUAAUUUGUAAUGAAUAUUUACAGCUCAUAAAGUUUAGCAAAGCUUUUUGCAGUUCUGAAAUCAUUCUUCUUACUAAGUUUCAUAAAGAUAUGUGGUUUGUUAACAAAAAUAUAGGAAAAAGUAGAUCUUGUAUUUCAGUGCAGAAGUAUUGUCACCCUGUGUUCUUUUUAUAGAGAAGAGAGGAACAUUGUGCAUACUGCUUUUUGGUCAGUAGCUGGGUAUAAACUAUUUUUGGGUUGUUAGAUCGUUAUAGUGUAGUCUGUUAUUAACCAAAGUAUCAAAGUCACUUUGACAGCGGUACUCGGACAAACUGACUUUGACAACCAGGAUAGUAAUACAAUUAUUUUUGUAUUUUCAUUUUCAGGUUUUGCUACAGUGUACAUUAUCAUAAACAUUUUGCAAUUUAGGAGAAUUUAAGAGGUUUUCUUGCCGGGCAAUAAUUCAGUUUUGAGUAGAUGUGUUGCUUUUGUACUUCUAAGUCAUAAUUGAGCCACGCCAUGGGAAAAUCAACAUGGUGGGUUUGCGACCAGCAUGGAUCCAGACCAGCCUGUGCAUCCGCUCAAUUAUGUAAUACUAAGUUGAAGAUAGGUGUGCUCUUUAUGUCAAGAAGUUUAUUUCAGUUUUUCUUUUCCACCAUAAUUUAUUUUGAAGGGACUCUAGUGCAUGCUGUAGUUACUGUUUAGUUGUAUUAUUGUUGGAUGAUGAAUGUAUGAAGAAUAUACAAAUUAAAAGUAAUCAUGUCACUAAACAUUGUAAAAAACAUUCUCAUGUAUAUUUUGUGCAUUUAUGUCUCAUCAUGUGAAGAUUAAUAAAAAUGUAAAUAUCA